GAGAAAUUUAGAAGUCUAUUUACUGCCAAUAAUUCUUCAACCGUGCAAGAUAAAGAGAGAAGCUUCGUAUAGUGAUGAUUAAUUGCGUGCACCCUCUUUGGAAUAACCCAACCUUACUGGGUUUAUCCUCUGUUUCAUGGCAAAAUGUCCAAACAAAGCCUUACAGAGAAACCAGGCCUUUCAAUUGUUGCAGAAACAGAGGAGUUUGUGGGGUUAGAGGAAGGAUUGUGUGUGGAGCACUGUUGCCUAUUGAUCCUUGGGCACCCUCCAUUGAUUCACAGAGCAUAGCUUCGCAGCUCUUUGCAGUUUCUCUCUUCCCAUACAUUGGUUUCUUGUACUUCAUCACUAAAUCCAAGUCCGCUCCAAAACUCACCCUCUUUGGAUUCUAUUUCUUGCUUGCUUUUGUGGGGGCCACCAUCCCAGCUGGAAUAUACGCAAAGGUGCAGUACGGAACAUCCUUAGCUAAUGUGGAUUGGUUACAUGGUGGGGCGGAGUCACUGCUGACUUUAACCAACUUAUUCAUUGUGCUGGGGCUAAGGGAAGCUCUUAGGAAAUUUCAGAUCGAAAAACAAGAGGGACCCAAUGUCGUUUCCAGUACCAAAGAGGAGAAGGAAUCAUCCAUCUAAAUGCAGGAAAAGAUGGAGAAAUGAAUGUUUCUUAUUCUGUGCGCUUCUUCCAUCCAUGUUUCCUGAGAGCUGUUGGUUUAAUGGAGUUUUUGCAGUAGAAGAUAACAUCUUCUGUGCUAAAAGAAGCCCAUUUGUUUAAUUGAGGACUGGUCUUUGGUGGU